UUUCGAGAAAACAAUGCGAAGAUCGUUGAUGUCUGAUCGGCAGUGUUUGACGCUUUAGCUGGUUUCAUCACAGUUGUGCAGCUUUAUGAAGUUAUUCUUGUUCUACUGAGAUGCAUAUUAUACUUUAAAACUAAAGUUUGUUUCAUUAAGAAGAUAUUUCUUUUAUAUUGUAUUUUUUAAGUGAAAUUGUCCGAAAUCUACCGCUUAGUUAAUAAAUUAAACUCAAGUAAGCUUGUUUUGUAGUGAAAAAAAUGGCACAAGCUACAUAUUCCAAUCUUGAAGUUCAAGUUGAAGCAUAUUUUGAAGAUACAAAUAAUGUUUGUUUGUGUUCCCGAGUUCAAUUAAGGGAUUGCAACAACAGUAUGUAUUAUUAUAAAGAAGAUGAAUAUUAUCAAGAUGAUCAAAACAAAGAUAAAUUCUUUGGUUGUGAUGGUGCAGCUGAAAAUUGUAAUAAUCAAGAUGAAUCUGAAAUUGAUCUUGAAGAUGAAGAACUUAGAAAGGAAUUAGAAUUGAUGAAAAGCAUGGGAUUACCUACUUCAUUUACCACAAAAUAUCAACAAAGAGAGAUGGAAGAAGACCUGAAUGAGGAUGAACAGAUGGAUAGUCAAAAUAAUUAUUAUGAACCUGAUGCAUAUUUCGAAAAUGGAGAAGGUGAAUAUUAUGAAAAUGGAGAAGCAAAUACAAAUGACUUUAAAUCAAAUAAUGAUUCUGAAUUUGUUGAAAUGAAUGACGAAUGGCAAUCAUAUUGGGAACGCAAUGGUGAAAGUAUUAUUUUAAAUAGUUGGAUUCAGAAGUACAAAGAUUAUAUAAAUCCGGAGUAUCUUAAAGAUGUUUACGCUUUAACCAAUUUAAGUGCAAAACUUGCAAGUACGACUGAACUCAACCAUAUAAAUAAUAAGCUUCAGACAAUGAAUUUUGUAGAUUUUAGCAAACAGGAAAAAGAAAAAAAUGAUGACUUUGCUUUGCAGACCAUGGACGUUGCUGCAGAUGACAAUGAUGAAGAUAAUAUCAUAAAAUCUGAUGUAGUUCUUGGUAAAACUGAUAUAUUGAAGGAUUUUUCUGACAGCAAGGAAUACAUUUCUGAUUCUACCAGUAUUAAAGAAGAAAUUGCUGGAACUGCUUGUGAUCCUGAACUUGUUGAAAGUGUAAAACAAUUUUCUGAAAAAUAUGAAGAUGAAGAAUAUGAUGAUAUCUUGAAAACUGAAUCCAAGAAAGAGUAUGAUAACAUGUUUUCUUUGAAGGCUAAGCUUGAAGAUCCUAUUGAAUCUAUUCCUAGUACAGAUGAAGCAUGGGAUGAUUUGUGGAUGCAACACAGACAAGAACAAUAUGAUCAACAUUAUAAAUAUUUUAUAAAUCAUUACCAUGAUUUGUUAAAAAGAUUCACUGAGAAGAAUAAUGAGGGUUUACAUUCUAACAAAUGUGAUGAAUGUGGUCGACAAAAUUGUAUCUUUUGUGGGACAAAAGUUGAUGAAAAUGAAUUAUUAGACGAGUUAAGUCUUACUGCAGAUAAAAUGAGUAGGGACAUACCCAGAACUGAAACUAAUGGAGAAAAUGACAUAGAAAAUGUACUUGAAUCAGAAAUUUUUGCUGAUGAUGAUAAUUCUGAAAGUUCUGUUCUUCCUACAGGCAGGAAUUUAAUUAAAGUUACAGAAGAAUCCCUGAAAAUGGAAGUUAGUGAUAAUGAAGCACCCUUACAACAACCGAUAAAAAUAAAAAGAGACCAUGCUUCAGAUAGUGAUGAAGAUGCACCACCUGACCAGUGUAUAAAAAGUCUUGGAUUAGUUGUUAAACCAGCUACAUCAUUGGUAAUAAAGAGUAGGCGGAAACGGCGGAAGACAAAACGACAGUCAAAAAGGAGAUGCCCAUUUGAAAUGAUUAAGAAAACAAUUGCCAAAGAAUCUGCAGUAGAGAGUGAAGAAUGUAUUGAUUCUAAUGGAAAAGAAGAAAAGUGUCCUGAGGAUGCAAUGAAAGAAGAGGAUUCUAAUGCCUUUGAAGAUGAGCCAAAAGAAAAUGGAGAAAUUUUCAACCCAAAUAGUAAAGAAUUUAAAAAAUAUUGGGCUCAAAGAUAUCGUUUAUUCAGUCUUUUUGAUGAUGGCAUCAGGUUAGAUAAAGAAUCGUGGUUUUCAGUAACUCCUGAGAAGAUUGCAUACCAUAUUGCUGAAAGAUGUGCAUGUGAUAUUAUAGUAGAUGCAUUUUGUGGAGCUGGUGGGAAUGCUAUUCAGUUUGCAUUUACUUGCCAUCAUGUUAUUGCCAUAGACAUUGACCCUAAGAAAAUUGAAUUAGCUAAGAAUAAUGCAAGAGUUUAUGGUAUUCAGAAUCGUAUCGAUUUCAUUGUUGGAGAUUUCUUCAGUAUUGCACCCAAACUAAAGGCAGAUGUUGUUUUCUUGAGUCCACCAUGGGGUGGUCCUGGUUAUUUGCAGGAUUCAGAGUAUGACAUCAGCAAAAUAGAGCCAGACAUAUAUAAAACCUUUGAAGCAGCUAAGCAGAUUACAAAUAAUGUUGCUUUGUUUGUGCCAAGGAAUACAGUCAUAAACCAGUUGGUUCAAUUGGCAGGAGAAGGAAAUCAUGUGGAAAUAGAACAAAAUGCUCUUAACAAGAAAGUUAAGACAAUCACUGCCUAUUAUGGAGACUUAGUUAUAACCAAAUCUGAGUCUUAAAUUUUUUGGAGGCUGAUUUCAUUAUCAAAGAAAUGUAUCACAGAAACAUUGUAAAAUUUCUUUUAUAGAAAUUCUAGCAUUACCAUCUUUUAAAUAUCUAUUUGUUUUAAUUGUGUUAAUAGAUUCGUGUACAAAGUAUCUUUCAUUUUCUUUGUAAAAAUGUGAAUAAAUCAAUUUUUAUAUCA